UCCACAGGGUUCGCCAUUUUGAAAUAUUGAGUUUUGCGUCGUAAUCUACAAAAUGGCGGUAGCUUUUCGCUUUACACGACAGCUUUCACAAACAGCAGGGUCACUUAUGGCCUCUUGUAGAAGAAACCUGGGUAUGGCAUCUGUCUUAAUGGCAAAAGCGGACAAGAGUGUUGAUCCCAUACAGAAACUGUUCGUGGAGAAGUUACAAGAGUACAAAAAGAAGAGCGCAGCCUCAGGGGACGAAUUGGUCGACUUCACACCCGACAAGAAAGCUAAAAUGGAGGUAGAGAUGGAUCAGAUACGAAAGCGAUUUGGCGGAGGAAAUCUGGAGGAGUUUCCAAAGUUUGACUUUGAUGAAGCCAGCGCAUAAGACAGGAGACUGUACUUUGAUUAACUUUUUAUCGGUGAUGGUACGAUGAGUGUGUUGAACUGAAGGCAACAAGAAGAUAUUUGGAUUGUGCCUCUUGUUCUGUGUGUUAUUUGUAAUGAAACGGGGCUCAUUUAAAUCACUGUAAUUCUCUAGAAUAAAAUCACAUCUCAAAAAG